AUGGCCGCCAACAAGAAAGUUCAGCCCAAGGGCAAGGGUAACAAGAAGGCCCAGGAUGCCGCCAAGGCCGCUCUCAAGGGCUCCAACUCCCACAAGAAGGUCAAGGCUCGCUUCAGCACCUCCUUCCACCGCCCCAAGACCCUGAUCACCUCGCGAGCCCCCAAGUACCCUCGCCGAUCUAUCCCUCACCAGCCUCGUCUGGAUGAGCACAAGAUCAUUGUCCACCCUCUCAACACUGAGAGCGCCAUGAAGAAGAUGGAGGAGAACAACACCCUCGUCUUCAUUGUCGACAUCAAGAGCAACAAGGCCCAGAUCAAGCUUGCUCUCAAGAAGCUCUACGACAUUGACUGUGUCAAGGUCAACACCCUUAUCCGCCCUGACGGUACCAAGAAGGCCUACGCCCGCCUGACCCCUGAUGUCGAUGCUCUCGACAUUGCUGCCAACAAGCUCUCUCUCGUCUAA